AUGUCACAACAUCACUAUGUGUUUAAGUAUAUCAUCAUUGGGGAUAGUGGUGUAGGAAAGAGCUGCAUUCUCCUACAGUUUACAGACAAGCGUUUUGAACCACUUCAUGAUUUGACCAUUGGUGUCGAGUUCGGAGCCCGUGUGGUGACCAUUCAACAGAAAAACAUCAAACUUCAAAUUUGGGAUACGGCUGGACAGGAGAGUUUUCGCAGCAUUACUCGCAGUUACUACCGUGGGGCUUGUGGGGCCCUUCUCGUGUAUGAUGUGACCCGGCGAGAGACCUUCGCACAUCUGCAGACGUGGAUUGAGGACGCCAAAGCAAAUGCAAAUACCGCUAUUGUAAUCAUGCUUAUUGGAAAUAAAUGUGACUUAGAGGCGAAGCGGCAGGUGUCGCGUGAAGAAGGUGAGGCCUUUGCGAAGAAAAACAAUUUGUUUUUUAUGGAAACAAGUGCUAAAACAGCACAAAACAUUGAUGAUGCCUUUCUGAAGACCGCCACUGUAAUUUACGAGAAUGUGCAGAACGGUGUGGUGGACCCGGCGGUGGUGUCUGGUAAACCCGGCACCGCAACAACAUCUAUGGGGGCAACUGCGGCAAGACAGCAGCAACGGGGAUCCGGCGGAUCGAACGAAGGACGUGGAUGCGAAUGCUAG